AGGCUUCAAGGGAGGAUGCUGGCUCCUAACUACCGUGCAGAAUUGCCUUGGGCGCUCUCAGCUCCACCUGUCCGCUGCCUCACCUCUAGGACAGGUUCCAGAGCAGCCAAGGGGGCACUGGCUGCUUGAGCCCCUCUUGCAGUAGAUGAGCAGAGAGCUGCCCUGUGUGCAGCUUCACAGGCGAUGGAGCUGUUGCUGCUGGGUGGGGCAGUGGGAGCUUGGCUCUCUGGGACAGGGACUGUCUUGUCCGUGCAGUGCCUAGUCCAAUAGGCCCUGAUCCUUCAGGGGGGUCCCUACUAGCAGUGGGGGACUAAUGGCAGUGGUGCACUUGCUGUCAGCACUCGCACGCUCCAUGGCCCAAAGUAUCUCUGCUGACUCUAACCAUGGAGUGGCUCCCUAGUCCAUGACUGCAGGUCUCCCUUUUCUCUGUUUUUGGGGGCUUGUGGCCUCAGUUGAGUGUUACUGCUCCAGAACUUCCCUGAACAAACACAGCCCAUCUAGCGCUGGGACUGCUACCACAGCAAGCCCCGGGCAAGCCCCCCAGCUGGUGUCCGUCACCGCAGCUCAGACUUUGGUGGUGAGGGGCUAAUUGCCACCUGGUGUUUCUGAACUGGAAUGAUUCCAGUCUCAUUGCCAAGCCGUGCCGUGGUGCCCUGUCCUGCCCACUACAUUCUGUCCGGUUCUGCUAACGUUGCAACUCUGCCACUCCAGGAAUUAGCCUCUCUGCAGAUUCUCCAAAGAGCCGGCGAAGAAAUCAUUUCCCGUCUGCCGGAGCUGACUUUACUGCUCCCCCUCCCUGUUGACUGGAAAGGACAAGUUAGUACCUGGUGAACCCAGCCUCCAGUGGGGAGUUGAUCACACUGAUUCAUCCCGUGUGUGUGCUAUGUUCUGCCCCCGACCAGGCUGCAUUUCAAGAGGUGACGAGGUGGAGGCUGCAGACUGUCGUUUCAUUACCUGUGUUUAAUGCUGCCAAUGGGCAUUGUGGAGGACACUGAUGCCCCACAAGGGGCAUGAAUCCAGAGCAAGACAAAGGACAGUACCACAAGGGGACACUGCAGUGAGGGCCCCGAUACCCCAAUAGAUGGACAUCAUGUUGCCUGAGGGAGACCCUGAAAGGACAGGGGAGAAGGUCAGAGUCCAGGAUCCUGGGGAGCAUCCUUCAGUCACACUCUUCCGAGAGUACCUGAGGCUCAAGACUGUCCAGCCCGAGCCCAACUAUGAUGUGGCUGUGCGGUUCCUGGAGCGGAUUGCAGCUGAGCUUGGCCUGGGGUGUCAGAAAGUGGAGGUGUUCCCGGGCCGGGUUGUCACCAUCAUGACCUGGCAGGGCACAGACCCGCAGCUCCGCUCCAUCCUGCUGAACUCGCACACGGAUGUGGUGCCGGUGUUUGAGGAGCACUGGACCCACAAUCCUUUUGAAGCCUUUAAGGACUCUCAGGGUAACAUCUACGCCCGCGGAGCCCAGGAUAUGAAAUGUGUCUCCAUCCAGUACAUCGAGGCCAUCCGGAGGCUGAAGGCUGAGGGGAAGCGCUUCCCCCGAACGGUUCACAUGACAUUUGUGCCCGACGAAGAGGUCGGGGGCUGCAAGGGCAUGGAGCUGUUUGUGAAGCGCCCCGAGUUUCAGGCUCUCAACGUUGGCUUCACCCUGGAUGAAGGCCUGGCCAACCCGACGGACGCCUUCACUGUGUUCUACGGGGAGAAGUGCGUCUGGUGGAUUAAAGUCAAAUGUGAGGGGAACCCAGGCCAUGGAUCCCAGUUCAUUGAGAACACGGCUGCUGAGAAGUUGAACAGAGUGAUCACCUCCCUCCUGCAGUUCAGAGAGAGUGAGAAGCAGAGAUUGAAAUGUGACGAGCACCUCACCCUGGGCGACGUCACCUCCAUCAACAUGACUAUGCUGAGCGGGGGCGUCUCCUUCAAUGUGGUACCUUCGGAGCUGUCUGCCGCCUUCGACAUCCGCAUCCCGCCCACUGUCAACUUGCAGGCAUUUGAGGAGCAGCUCACAGUCUGGUGCCGGGCAGCUGGAGAGGGUGUCACCUGUAAGUUUUACCAGAAAUACAUGGAUCAGACAGUGACCUGCACCGAGGAGUCUGACCCAUGGUGGAAAGCAUUUAGUGGGGCCUGCAGAGACAUGCACAUGACGUUGAAGUGUGAGAUCUUUCCAGCCGCAACUGACAGCCGCUUUAUCCGAGCAGCUGGUCACCCGGCCCUCGGCUUCUCCCCCAUGAACCACACCCCGGUACUGCUGCACGACCACAACGAGUACCUCAACGAGCAGGUUUUCCUGCGGGGCAUCGAGAUCUACGCCUGCCUCCUCACCUCCUUGGCCAGCGUCCCCCCUCUGCCAGUGGAGGGCUGAGGGGCACAGCGAGGGGUGGGGGAUACCAGAACGAGAGAUGGGGAGUGAAAAUGCAUGGGGGCAGGGGGCAAUGGACAUGCAGGGGCUGGGGUAAGAAACAGCUGCUUGGGGGUGGGCAGGACGGGCAGUGGGCAGGACUCCAGGGUUCCUUGGUGGCAGCGCCAUGUGCAGAAUCACCCAGCUGUGCCAGCCUAGGGGGGCAGGCAUCGGCUGUGUCUGAGGGAAGAGGCAGCUUGUGUCUCUUCCUGUGCUCCAGGUCCGCUGAACCCAUUCAGGGGGCCCUAUGGAAUUAUACCUGGUGUCCAACUUCCAGCCCAUGGCUCUGCAAGCUAAGGGGGAGGCUGCCCCUGGGGGCACAACAUGCCAGGCUUUCUCCCAUUGCUUGCACUGGGGGUGGGGAAUACAUCUCGAGUGCCCUGUGCCCCUGCCAGGAAUUUACCCCCUCAUCACAUUGCAGCAGCAAUGGAAGCCCUCCCUUCUCAACAGGCCUAUGUCUGGGUCCUGGGGUCUAUGCAGUGUGGGGGGAGGGUUGCUCUAUCCAUCCCAACCUCUCCAAGGCCCCAGAGCCUCUCUCCCUUCUGCUCCCAGCCCCAGAUCUCUGCAGAGCUGCCUCCAGGGAUGGGCCAGGGCCAUGGGGCACUCCCUGGGCAUCCUGCGCCUCCCUUGGGCCCCCUUGGCUCUCCCUGGCUGCCUAGCGGCUCUCCCUGCUCCUGGGGCUAAGCAUCACCACUUGCCCCAGGCAGGGCGAGGAUCUGGAAGCAGGUGUAUCUGUGGGUAUGUGUAGGCAUUGAAAGCAAGGUGAGCUAGUGGAUAAAGCACUGGACUGGGCUUGGGAGAUCCGGGUUCCACUUCUGGAUCUAGCCCAGACUGCCUGUGUGACCUUGAAUGAGUCAGCUGAACUCUGUGUGCCUCCAUUCCCCAGGUGAUCAUACCCCCCGAGCUCCUGGCAUGCUGCUCUAAGAGCAUUGGCUGGGCAAUGCUUUGUACCUGCUGCCUACUCUCAUUAAACCACUGGGUGCGUGGGGUGGGGGGUUGCAGGAAAGCAGCUGGGAUAGCACCUCCUCCCGAGUGCCCCAAACUGUCACUGCCCAGCAAAGAUGGGUUGAGGCUAAAGCCAAUUGCUGCGAAAGCUCCAGGCAGGAAUCAGCUCUGAGCUGGCAGUGGCAGGUCUGUCUCAGCAGGGGUCGGUGUUUCCCAGCCAUACUGGGGCUAGCAGCAGGGCCAUGGGGGGAGAGGGUGCCCAAGUCCCCUGUCUGUGUGACCAUGCUAUGAAUUUUCAUUCCCUGGGGCAGGAAAGCAGCUGGGAUGGCACUUCCUCCGGAGUGCCCCAGACUGUCACUGCCCAGCAAGGAGGGUUUAAUUGCUGUCUUAAUGAAUCACACUGAAUUGGUGAAUGCAAAUCAGAGCACAUGCCUGGCUGGGCUGCUGUGUGUGGCACCCUGGAGUCUCAGGCCGGAGGACUGGCCCCAUCUCGGGGGGUGGAGAAGUGUCUUCUAGCACAUCAGAAAGCCUCAGGGGGGAGUCAUGUUCCCGAUCCCCAUUCCCCAGCUCCAGCUCUCUGGCUGCAGCCCCAUUCAGGGCCGCCCAGAGGAUUCAGGGGGCCUGGGGCAAAGCGA